CUCUACUACAACUACUUUCUAACCACCCAACUCUCUACUCCACAUACCUCUCUCUUCAACUACACUCCAUAUCUCUAUAAAGAUUGCAAGUCAUACACCUACAGUUAUUCAAAAUGUCGAUGCCCAAAGAGAUGCUCGAGAAUGAAUACCAGAAGCAUGCCAACAUUGCACGUGGAAUCUCCGAACAGGAACUCGAAGAACAGAAUGUCAGCGCGAUGACUGAACAGGAUACAAAGAACUGGAACCAGAAGCGAGCUGAGAAAAGAGGCAAAAAGGAAGCCAAGAGGAUGAAAAAAGCCGACGUGCUCGAAGAGAAUGCGGCCUUGAAAUCAAAGCUCUUCGAGUUGGAAUCACUGAUUAAGGAACUGGUUGAUAAAUUUGAUGAGCUGAGGACUAUUAUCCACAAUAUGCAUCCUGCCACUGAGAUAGACAGAGCUUGAAGGGGAACUGCAUUAUGGAGCUGGCAGGUACCUUUUAUCUAGCUAUUAGCUUCCUUCUACAUAGUAUUGAUCCUCAAUCAAAUUCCAACAUUCAGUUCAUUCUGCUAUUCUAUACUGUAUACUCAUCUGUCUAUGCUUUUGC